AUGACUAGUAUUGAAUUAGCAGCAGCAGCAGUAUUAGGAUCGCAGUUACUCGAUGCAAAAUACCAUAUUAAGGAUGACUUUCUUCUUACUCAAAAAGUAUUAAGAGAAGCAAUCCCUUAUGCAUAUAAUUGUUAUAGAGGAAGAGCCAGUUUCUGGUAUCACUUUGAAAAAUCGGUAUUUAAAUACCCUAAAAAUAAGGCAAUUGUUUUCCCAAGACCUAAGAAGGAUGUCGAGCCAACGAAAGGCGAAGAUGGAUACAUGAAUUACGACAAUCUUUUCACUUUGGAAACAUACACCUACGAAGAAUUAUACGAUAUUAUUUUGAGGUUUAGUUAUAUCUUAAAGAAUGACUAUGGUGUGACUGCCGAUCAAACUAUCGCAGUUGAUUGUAUGAACAAGCCAUUAUUUAUAAUACUUUGGUUAUCAUUAUGGAAUAUUGGUGCAACACCAGCAUUUUUGAACUUCAACACUAAAGAUCAGCCAUUGAUCCAUUGCUUGAAGUCUUCACAUGUGACUCAAGUUUUCAUUGACCCUGAUUGUGCUGGCCCAAUCAAAGAUACAGAAGCUAGAAUCAAUCAGGAAUCGCCAAACGUUAAGUUGCAUUAUAUCAAUGAACCAGAGUUAUUAAGAGUGUUAACAGACAAGUCAAGACCAAAGUAUAGAGCUCCGGAUCACACCAGAAGACCAGAAGAUACUGAUGUUUCUUGCUGUGCAUUGAUAUACACUUCGGGAACUUCAGGAUUACCAAAGCCUGCCAUUAUGUCAUGGAGAAAGGCUUUCAUGGCUGCUUCAUUUUUUGGUUAUAUAAUGAAAAUUGAUUCUAAAUCCAAUGUUUUGACUGCCAUGCCGUUAUACCAUUCUACAGCAGCUAUGUUAGGCGUUUGUCCAACUUUAUUAGCAGGUGGAUGUAUCUCGAUUUCUCAAAAGUUUUCUGCUACUUCUUUCUGGACUCAAGCUAAGUUGUGUCAAACCACCCACAUUCAGUAUGUUGGAGAAGUUUGUCGUUAUUUAUUGAACUCAAAGCCACAUCCUGAUCAACAGAGACAUAAUGUUUCAAUUGCCUAUGGUAAUGGUUUACGUCGUGAUAUUUGGCUCGAUUUCAAAAAGAGAUUCCAUAUCAAAGCCAUCGGUGAGUUCUAUGCAUCGACAGAGUCACCAAUUGCUACUACUAAUUUACAAUAUGGUGAUUUUGGUGUAGGUGCCUGCCGUAAAUAUGGUGGUCUUAUCAACUUGCUUUUGUCUACUCAACAAGUCUUGGUCAAAAUGGAUCCAGAGGAUGAAAAUGAAAUUUGGAAAGAUCCUAAGACUGGGCUUGCUGUUCGUGCUGACCACAACCAACCAGGUGAAUUGUUAAUGAAGAUUUUGAAUGCAAAAAAUCCAGAAGGUACUUUCCAAGGUUAUUAUGGUAAUAAGAAUGCUACUUCAUCUAAGGUUAUUAGAGAUGUCUUUAAGAAGGGAGAUGCUUGGUUUAGAAGUGGUGAUUUGUUAAAAAUGGACCAAGAUGGGCUUUUAUAUUUCGUUGAUAGAUUAGGUGAUACAUUCCGUUGGAAAUCAGAAAACGUUUCAGCCUCUGAAGUCGAAAAUGAAUUAAUGGGCUCUAAAGCCAUUAAGCAAUCAGUUGUUGUCGGUGUCAAAGUACCUAAUCAUGAAGGUAGAGCAGGAUUCGCUGUCGUUGAUCCUUUGGAUGAAUUUAGCGAUGAGUCUAAGAAUCUAGACGUAUUGAAUAGAAUAUAUGAUCAUGUAUCGAAGACAUUACCAGGAUAUGCCAUUCCACAAUUUAUCAAGAUUAGUGGGGAAAUUCAAGCAAGUCACAACCACAAGGUUUCCAAGAAUCAAUUUAAGAACCAAAAGUUACCAAAGGGAGAAUCUGGUAACGAUGUUAUUUACUGGUUGAAUAAGAAUAAAUACGAAGAAUUAACUGAAGAGGCUUGGGCAAAGAUCAUGAAAGGUGCAGCUAAAUUGUAG